AUGCUAAACUUGUCAAGAGCCAGCCACCAGGGCUCUUACGGACAAGUCCAAACAAUUUAUUGUGCGUAUUUUGAAAAUUGCACUAAAAUGGCACCAAACGUGGCGGACGCGAAUGGUGUACUGUUCGAGAGCGAUGCUGCUACACCAGACCUAGCUCUUGCCACAACACCUGUACAGAAAGCAGAUAACAAUCCGAAACAACUGGUGUGGAGGAAUAUUAUACUCUUUGCAUAUCUUCAUUUAGCCGCGCUAUAUGGUGGUUACUUGUUUCUGUUCUCGGCUAAAUGGCAAACAGAUAUUUUUGCCUAUAUCUUGUAUGUGAUGUCUGGGCUUGGCAUCACUGCAGGAGCACAUCGAUUGUGGGCUCACAAAUCGUACAAAGCUAAAUGGCCGCUAAGACUUAUAUUGAUUAUUUUUAACACUAUGGCAUUCCAGGACUCUGCCAUAGAUUGGGCUCGUGAUCACCGCAUGCACCACAAGUACUCAGAAACUGAUGCUGAUCCUCACAAUGCAACCCGUGGCUUUUUCUUCUCUCAUAUUGGCUGGCUGCUCGUCAGGAAACAUCCUGAGCUAAAGAAAAAGGGCAAGGGACUAGACCUGAGUGACUUAUAUGCUGAUCCAAUACUUCGCUUCCAGAAAAAGUAUUACCUGCUCUUGAUGCCUAUCGCUUGCUUUAUCCUGCCGACGGUGAUUCCUGUAUAUUGCUGGAGUGAAUCAUGGAUCAACGCAUUCUUUGUGGCCGCGCUGUUUCGGUACACUUUCAUUCUGAACGUCACGUGGCUCGUCAAUUCCGCCGCGCACAAGUGGGGCGACAAGCCAUACGACAAAAACAUAAAGCCAUCACAAAACAUUUCGGUGUCGGUUUUCGCACUCGGUGAAGGCUUCCAUAAUUACCACCACACAUUCCCAUGGGAUUACAAAACCGCUGAACUCGGAAACAACAGACUUAACUUUACAACCAACUUCAUUAAUUUCUUCGCUAAACUCGGCUGGGCGUAUGAUAUGAAGACGGUGUCUGACGAAAUCGUCAAGAAUAGAGUCGAGCGCACGGGUGAUGGUUCCCAUCAUCUAUGGGGAUGGGGUGACAAAGAUCAUUCCAAGGAGGAAGUCGAUGCUGCUAUAAGAAUCAAUCCAAAGGAUGAUUAA